AUGUCCACCUGCUUUCUCUUAGCAUUCAUUGCAUUCAGUUUCUCCUUUACCUCCGCAUCCGAUCCCAGCCCUUUACAGGAUUUCUGUGUUGCUGUGCGCAACAGCCCAGGUAUUUUCACUCCAUUGAAAAAAAAUCAACUUACUGCAUCAUUGCUUCAAAUAAUAUUUAAUGUAAAUGCAUUCCACCCCUUUUGUGAAAGGAUUCACAUUAUGAAUAGGAUACAACUCCAACGUCAUUUUCUGUUAUUUUCUAUUUAUGUUGGUUUAAUAGGUCUUGAAAGAAUAUGCUGCUUACAAUCUCUUUUAUGUUAUAUUGUGGCAGUGUUGGUGAAUGGAUUUGUGUGCAAGGACCCAAUGCAAGUUGAAGCUGAUGAUUUCUUCUUCACGGGAUUAGACAAACCAGGCAACACGAGUAACAAGGUUGGGUCCAAUGUGACCCAAGUAAACGUAGCCCAGAUAGCAGGACUCAACACCCUCGGAGUCUCCUUGGUUCGGAUUGACUAUGCACCCUAUGGUCUCAAUGCACCCCAUACACACCCAAGGGCGACGGAGAUCUUAACAGUUUUGGAGGGCACCCUCUAUGUCGGAUUUGUCACUUCCAACCCUGACAAUCGCCUCAUAACAAAGGUCCUUCAGAAGGGCGAUGUGUUUGUCUUCCCAAUAGGCCAGAUUCACUUCCAGUUCAACAUUGGCCUCACGAAUGCUAUAGCCAUUGCAGGUCUAAGCAGCCAGAAUCCCGGAACCAUCACCAUUGCCAAUGCUGUGUUCGGAUCGAAUCCGCCCAUCUCAAAUGAUGUUCUUGCAAAGGCAUUCCAAGUUGAUAAGAACAUAGUUGAUUAUCUCCAAUCACAAUUUGGAAUGAAAAACUAGAGCAUGCCCCUUACAAUAAAAUGGGAGUGCAACGUAUUUGUUUUUGUCCAUCUUGUCUUCUUUCUUUAUUUGUU